GCUGCGAGCGUCGUUGCCACAGAGAUGGUGUUGUGCGUUAUUUGGUUGCCCGUAUUUGUGCUGCGAGUCAACGGAGUACUUUCACUGCACAUUAAGGAGGAUUGUGUUGGGAAUUAAAGCCGUGAAAGCCCGCAGGAACGUCUCAGCGAUGGUGCCCCCCAGCUUCUGAAGUGACCCAAAGGAUGCAUACAACACGGAGCCCCUCAUCCAACCCCACGGCGGUGUCAGGAGAUGCCCUGGACCUCCGGCUGUCAGGCUCCCAGCUCUCCAUGUCCAGGAGACCCAGCAGCGCAUCACCUGGGAAAGGCUUCUCCCGGUCCGUGUCGGUGUCGGUGGCCGGUGACAGCAGAGGGAAACGCAACACCCUGGGUGAUGCCAGCUUCAGUAGCUCCCGGUCCAUCAAGAACCUCAGGCGGUGCAACAGCACCACGCAGGUUAAUCAGCAGACCAGCGUCCGUCUAAGUCAGGACCAGAGGGAGGACUACCUCGCCCUGUUCGACAGCAGCACACAUGGACGCAAGAAGCUGGCCAGCCUCAGCAAAGCCUCAGCCGACAGAACCACCUGGAACAUCCUGGACGAUCAGCCGCGAGCCUCCUCCCUGCACUCGAGCUCCCGCAGCGUGGACUCCCCCCCCGGGCCCAAGAAGAGAGAGCUGGGCAUCGCUCUGGCUGCCACCUUCACCGCCAACAACAGGAGCAACAAGGGAGCUGUGGGCAACUCCGUCACCACCAUCUUACACAACAACUACUCGGAGAAACCCCUCACGCCCAAGAGUUCCAACCAGAGGCCCUCGUUUAACAACAUCCUGAAGGCCACAGCUAACGAUGAGGUGUCACAAGACAACAGCUCCCUGACAAAGUCCCAGAAGAAUUUCUCGUCCGCAUCCUCCGCCUCCAACAACAAGUCUCCGGCUCGUCGGGGAAGCCCCACCCCGCCUCGGAGGAGGGGGGUCACUGAGGAGGAGGCCGAGAGGUUUAUUCAGCAGGUGAACCAGGCAGCGGUCACCAUCCAGCGCUGGUACAGGCGCCAUGGCAACCGACGGCGCACCAAAUGCGUCGCCGCCAGUGAAAGAACGGAGUGGGAGGAGAGAACAGAAGAAGACAGUUGCCCCGAGCAACAGCAGAAAAGGGGCGAAGACAGGAAACACAUUCGCGAGGACAAAGCUCGCCUUGUCCGCCUGGCCGCCAUCCAGGAGCUGCAGCAGAAAAGAGCUCAGCGGGUUGCUGGGGCCCAGCGUGCAGCCGAGGUGGAGCUGGACUGUCUGAGGCCGACUGCUGUGGUCGCACGCCAGAGGCCGCCCAGGAUCCCCCUCCCCACCAACGGUCCCGCCUCACCGGGCAACAGCAGCCCGACGUCGCCCCCCGCAGUGAAAGCCAAGAACGCCGAGUCCAAUUUGAAUGUUACCGCUGACUUAAUUGAGCUGAACUUCAGGGCCAUCUCCCCGGCUUCGUCCAAUCAAAGAGGCUCUCAGUGUUCUCAGGACCAGGAGGACGGAUUGGAGCAGGACACGGGCCUCACGCAGCAUCAGCAGAGCGCCAGGACAUGGAUCUGUAGAGAGAAAGCCCGCCUGGCCGGCCUCUCUUCCUUGGGGGGGAACACACCUGAGGAGCUGCAGCGGCCUGCAGAGCCUCAGCAUGCUGCUGUAGGACGCAGGAAGCCGCCUAAGAUCUCCCUCACCAACAAAGGUCCUGUCUCCCCCGGCAACAACAGCCCGACGCCCCCCCCAGCUGUGAAAGCUAAGAACACAGACUCCAAUCUGAAUGUUGUGGCUGAGUUCGGUGGGCUCUCCGGCUUCAGAGCAGUGUCCCCAGAUGUGUCCAACUGCAGAGAUUCCCAGUGCUCCCAGGAGGUCCUGCAGAGGUCAGUGAGUGUGGAGGACCAGCGGCAGGGAGCCCCGUCCAGUCGAGCUCCGUCUAAAAGCACCCUCACCGAGCUGCUGGACACCCUGAAGCUGCUGGAGGACGAGCCGCAACCAAAGUGCUACAGCAAGGACAAAUACGCCUGGAUCGAUGAGGACGUGGACUCCAACUCCCUGACCACGGACAACCUGGAGCGCCACGGCCAGCUGAGUCACCACCCCGCACUGCCAGACGGGGGCGCCCUGCUUUCAGAGGCCAAGCUGCAGAGCAUCAUGAGCUUCCUGGACGAGAUGGAGAAGUCUGAACAGGAGAGGCCGCGCUCAGUGACCUCGGGGUCACACAGAGAGGCCGUGUUGUCGGAGGAGGAGCUGGUCGGCGCCGAGGUCUCGGCCUCCAUGAUGAGGAUCCAGCUGGAGCUGGAGGAGAAGAAACGCACAGUCAACAUGCUGCAGAGCGCCCUGGGCCAGCAGAGAGAGCUCACCGUCCGACACGUGAAGGAGACCGAAAAGGAGCUGAGCAGGAACUUCCAGCUCCAGAGGGAACAAUAUGAAGCCACCAUCCAGAGACACCUGACCUUCAUCGAUCAGCUGAUCAACGAUAAAAAGCUGCUGAGUGAGCGCUGUGAGGGAGUCGUGGGAGAACUGAAGCAGGUGGACCAGAAGUACACCAAGAAGAUGGUUCAGAUGCAGGAGCAGCAUGAAAUGGUUUGGCAAAUACUGGGUCCCUUGUGCGAGGAAAUCAAGAAGUUAAAGGAGCUGAUGAGCGCCACGGAGAAGAUCCGCCGGGAGAAAUGGAUCGACGAGAAAACCAAGAAGAUCAAAGAGAUCACUGUCAAAGGUCUGGAGCCAGAGAUCCACAAGCUGAUCUCCAAGCACAAGCAGGAGCUGAAGAAGCUGCGGACGCUUCACGAGGCGGAGCUGCUGCAGGCGGACGAGCGGGCGGCCCAGCGCUAUGUCCACCAGUGUGAGGAGCUCCGUCAGCAGCUGGAGAGGGAGAAGGAGGAGCAGAGUCAGAGGGAGAAGGAGCUGGCCAAGCAGAGAUACGAGAAGCAGCUUCAGGAGGAGGAGCUGUCGCUGCAGCAGCAGAGGAGGCGGCUCUACCAGGAGGUGGCUGAUGAGAAGGAGAGGCUGGCUCAGCUGUCUGCCAGGCAGCGCGCCGAGCUGGAGGACCUGCGCAGGCAGCUGGAGGACAACAGCUCCCUGGCUGGGAAGGCCCUCCGAGAGGAGCUGGACAAGACCAGAGAGGAGCAGGAGAGGAGGCACCAGGUGGAGAUGAAGGCUCUACAGGAACGUUUGGACAUUGAGAAGCAAACGUGGGAAGAAAACUACAAGAAGAAAGAGGAAGCGUGGCUGCUGAGCCGUGAGCGUGAGCUCAGAGAAGAGCUGCGACGAGGACGCGACAAAGAGAUCGAGGUGGCCAUCUGGGCGCUGGAGGAGGAGACCAGCAAGGACAAGGAGGAGUGUGAGAGGGCAGCUGACAACAGGGUGAAGCGCGUCAGGGAGAAGUACGAGGCGGAGCUCCGGGAGGUGGAGCGCUCUGAGAGGACGGCUGUGGAGAAACAUCAGGAGCUGAGGAGGCAGCAGGCGGAGGCGGAGGGGGAGCUGGUCGCGCUGCGCGCCGCGCUGCGGCACAAGGAGGCGGAGGUCGAGGACGUCACUCAGACCAGGGACCAGCUGGUGGAGGAGCGCCGGCGCCUGGCAGAGGUCGUACGGCAGGAGUUCGCCGAGCGGCUGGUGACCACCGAGGAGGAGAACCGCAGGAUGAAGGUGGAGGUGACGGAGGUCCGGGCGAGGCUGCGCCUGGAGGUGGAGAGGGUCACCAGGGAGAAGGAGGAGGAACUGGCUGAAGUGCACCAACGAGUGAAGUCGGCCAUCUUGAAGAAGGAGGAAACUGUCAGUCAUCUCCGGAAGCAGCACGAGGCUGCGCUGAAGAGGGCGGAUCACCUGGAGGCCCUGUGGGAGCAGCAGAGGAAGCAGCUGCUGGAGAAGUGACUGACAGCCUUGAUCCUCUGGAGUCCCGCCCACCAACACCCCCCCCCUCCUCUGCUGCCUCUCAGAGCUCCAUCCAUUUUAUUUUUUAUUUCUUUGGAUCCAAGACUGAACCUGAGAAACUGAACUUCAUUUGAAAAACACUAAUUGGGGAAAUGCCCCCCCCCCCCAGGAGUAAUGUACGUGCCACAGGUUCAAUUCUUCUGACAUCUAUUCUUUCUGGAGGAGGACUACUGCAGGAUUUUUGUGACUCCCCCCCCGCCCCCCCCCCCCCUCCCCCCUCCAGAGCAGGAAUGCGAGCAUGUUCCCUAAGGGGCUCCCACAGAACGUUUGCAGAUGUUUCUGAAAGCAGCGUGUUGGAACCUGUACUAGUGUGUGAGUGGAGACGGUGUGAAUGGGGGGUCAAAGGGGGGGGGGGCUCUGCCUGGAGGACCACUUCUAACCAAGAACCGGGAUCAGUCAGAGCCAAGUGCUUCUCCUGGUGCCUCUUUUCAUCUAGUGAGUCGUGUUCUAUCCUACACCCCCCCUCCCCCCCCACUCGUGACAAGUGACUGAAUCCAAGAAGGAAAGUUAGAGGGCGAGCAGGAAGGAGCUAAAAAAAGAAGGAAUGAGACCCAUGAUUGUAGGAAGGUUCUGCAUGGGGGGAGAAGGAAGCGGACAGAGGAGGGGGGGGCACAACGCAUGUGACCAGAGGCUGCACUGUGACAAAACACAUCACACUCAGCUGGUGACACACACACACACACACACACACACACACACACACACAUUGCUGCUUCCUGUCCUCUGAGUGUUAAUGUGUAUCAGAGUACAGAAGCCUUUCUGCUGUAGUAAACUGUUUAACAGCUACUACAACACAGGACACAGGACUAGGGAGGAGGGGGGGGUCCGCCAUGAGCCGUGAGGACGGUAGGGAUGGGAGCUGGCAUUCCAUGCCCGCCCACGUGUGUGUGUGCGCGUGUGUGUGCGCGUGUGUGUGUGUGUGUGUGUGCGUGUGUGUGUGUGUGUGUGUGUGUGUGUGUGUGUGUUCCUCCCACUCUGACCUUGGAGGACUCCAGUGUUUUGUCAUUAUUAUUGUGCAUUGUGUGCGGUUGUUGCUCCUGGUGAUGAAGAUGGAAGCGAGUAAAACAAAAGAACUUGUUGAGGACUUUGUCCCUCGUCCGUGGGAGGAGGAGACAGUUGUUUACUUUUUCCCAUGAUGCUUUGCUCUGCCAGCCGUAACACACUCAACGCCCUCUGGACUUCCAAUUAGAGCCCAAACAGCUGUUAUUUUGGAGCCUUGAAUGAUUUCUUAAGCGUUGUUUCAUUAAUGAAAUGUCAAUAAAAACUUAGAACCGUU